CGUAGAGCGAACGGGUUGGAGGAUCUGUGAGAGGGGAGACAUUUUCCCUUCCGGGUGGCCGCCGCCCCCCUCCUCCGCGCGGUGCGUGUUUCCGCUGGGCGGGGCGUAAGCUCAGUGCUUACGCUGGCAGCGGUGCGGGAGAAGCGGGCGGCGCGGAGUGCCUGAGACCCCCCAGCCCGGCACAGACUCGGCGGUUGAGCGGCGAGGCCGGGACCGUCGUUUCCCUGAAGUCCACAGCGCAGCGGGGAGGAGCGGGCCGGGGCCGCGGCGGGAAGAUGGUGGCGAAGCAGCGGAUCCGGAUGGCGAACGAGAAGCACAGCAAGAACAUCACCCAGCGGGGCAACGUCGCCAAGACCUCGAGAAACGCCCCCGAGGAGAAGGCAUCCGUGGGGCCCUGGUUGUUGGCGCUGUUCAUCUUUGUGGUUUGUGGCUCAGCUAUCUUCCAAAUUAUUCAGAGUAUCAGGAUGGGCAUGUGAAGGACCUGACCUUAAACAAGUUGUUUUCAUCUUCCUGUGAAUUACAAUGAACUGUCAUUCCUAAUGUUUGAUACCCUGGUCUCAAAACUUAAUUCAUGAUACUGUCCUGCUCCAGAACGACUUUCCAUGUUGGCCAUAUGUCAUUCCAGGUUCCUUCACAAGUCAUUCCAAGUUUUCUAGUCAGUACCACAGUGCCUUGAAAAGCACCCCAUGUAUAAAGCAAUAAAAUUCUAUUGUUGAUCUACAAUCGUGGACCUACUUAUUUAGUGAAGAAUAAAUUUGUUUUUUUGUGUAGAUAUGUUAAGCUGUAUGCAGUGUAGAUACGUAGGAACUACCCCAUCUGUGUAAACACCAGUCUUGAGAUCUGUUAACCCUAUGUAUAAAUGGAAGUGGUUUUAUUUAAAAUUGAGAAGCAGAGAUUCUUUUAGUGGCUGUACUAAGAAUUUAAAGCACACUCAGUGAAGCUGAGUGGGCGUCGCUGCAUUACAUUGCUUAUUUAAAU